AUGACGACCACCGCCGAUACCGCUUCGGCCUUGUCCCCGAGCCCCUCCGUCUCUCUCCCGCCGCCAGACACCCAGUUGCCCACCCCACAGUCCCCCGCCGUAAAGUCCAUAUCGCAGCAUGGCUUCACGAUAUCCACGCGCAAGCUGCCCAUCCUCAAGGCAGACCCGAUCGAGAAGCUGGCCGAACGCCUGGGCAUUGCAAUCCCUGAGAUGAUCUUUGGCGACAACUACGUGCGCGUGGAGCAUCCGGUCAGCGGCUGGGCCAUCGAGUUUAACGCCGGCGACGCGCUGGACAGAGUGGACAAAACCGACAAGUCGAUGCUGAAAGUUGCCUAUUCUCGUGAGUGGCAGGAGAAUCGGCAACACCAUUCCUCGGAUAUCAAGGAAGUCAUCAAGCCUUUCGACUGGUCGUACACCACCGACUACGCCGGAUCCUCGCCAUCCCCUGCGUCCCCGACCACUCGUCCCUCACCACCACCAACAUUCUCCACAACAGAUACCCCUCUCCCACUCCAUCUGCUCGCCCGCCGAGACCCCAUCCUCCUCUUCGACGAAGUACCCCUCUACGAAGACGAGCUCGCCGACAACGGCAUCUCCUUCUACACCGUCAAACUCCGCGUCAUGCCCCAGCGACUGCUCAUCCUAGCACGCUUUUUCAUGCGCUUAGACGACGUCCUGUUCCGCAUUCGCGACACCAGAGUGUAUAUCGAGUUUGAAACCGGCGUCGUCAUACGCGAGUACUGCGCUAGGGAAGAAGAGUAUAGCAAGGUAAGGGAGGGUCUGAGGAGGCAGGGCGUCGCGGACGCGCGCGCGUUGAGCGUCAUGCGCGAUCCGAAUGAGCUGGUGCAGAUGGACUUGGUAAAAGUCGUCGAGAGGAAGCUGGACGGCGUAAAGGUGAAGUGA